UCAUUUUGUAACGCAGCUGCAGACGCCAAUCCCCUUCGGCAUCAAGCGUUGUCUUCUUUUUCUACCAACUUGGCAUCGUUCAGUCUUUCCCAGUUGGGUCCUUUUUCGUCAGUCGUCGUCAGGACUUUAUACAUUCUUCUAAAAUGGGUCGCGUUCGUACGAAAACCGUCAAGAAGGCCGCCAAGCUGAUCAUCGAGAAGUACUACACUCGAUUGACGUUGGACUUCCACACCAACAAGAGGAUCUGUGAAGAGAUUGCCAUUAUCCCUAGCAAACCUCUGAGGAACAAGAUUGCUGGGUUUGUCACCCAUUUGAUGAAACGUCUGCAACACAAGACUGUUCGUGGUAUUUCUAUCAAGCUUCAAGAAGAAGAGCGUGAGAGAAGAGAUAACUAUGUCCCUGAACAAUCUGUUUUGGAUAUGGACACUAUAGAAAUCGAUUCUGAGACCAAGGAGAUGUUGAAGAUGCUGGAAUUGGAGAAAAUUCCCAAGCUUCAUGUAGUCAAUCCUACACCAACUGGACAUACUGGUGGACAUGGUGGACACAGUGGCGGCCCGCAUCACGGUGGUCAACGUCGUUAAGAUUUCUGUAUUGCCCAUCUCCUUGUUUGAUUGUGAAAUACAAUUCUUUAUCAAGGACAA